CCUAGGUUACUCGCGUAAACGGAAGUUCGAUGGGCUCACGGGCCGGUUUCUGCUUUAUAGAGUGUUCCUGCCUUUGGGUUUUCGCACCUCCACGGUUACCGCGACUUAACCGAGUCUGAGUAGAGCUCACCCAGGAGAAAGCCAAGUUGACAGACUGUCAGGAUAGGGAGCGCUUCUGAAGCAGAAUGUUUAGAAUUGCUUGGAAAACGGGGAUAAACCUAAAGGAUGGGUAGGAUUUAAUUGGUAAGGGAUAGAGAGGAUAUAAAUGCUAUGGCAUAGAUGUGGACUUAAGAAGUGGGUUGUCUUCUGGCCUCAGAGUAUUCCUUAUCAGAGCCUAGGGCCCCUGGGCCCCUUCACCCAGUACUUGGUGGACCAUCAUCAUACCUUCCUACACAGUGGGUAUUGGAUUGCCUGGCUGAUUCACGUGGGAGAGUCGUUGUAUGCCAUGGUAUUGUGCAAGUCUAAAGGCAUCACGGAUAGUCGGGCUCAACUACUCUGGUUCCUGCAGACUUUCCUUUUUGGGAUAGCCUCCCUCUCCAUUUUGAUGGCUUACCGACCAAAACGCCAAAAACGAACUUAAAGAAGAGACACAAAAGCUUUCUCUACACUUUGCUAUCCAGUCUCACCUUUUUGGGGGUGUGCUGUGUUUAUUCCAUCUUUCUACUUUCUAGAAAGUUAAGACCCUCUAGUUAUUCAUUAGAUUAAAUGCUCUGAUUGAACUUUAGUAGAUAAUAGAAAAAGAUUUUAGCUUUUCAAUUCUGCACACAAACCUGUUCGGCAGAGAGCUUUCAGAAAGCUCUUCUUGAUGUUCUGGGCUGUGUUGGUUCUCUCUCCUUGUCAUCUGUUUUAAGCCAUCUACUGAAUUUGCUUGUUGGUGUACCUUUGCUCCCACCUCCUGACUAAAACACAGUAGCCUUCCCACCACCAUCCUAGCUCUCCUUUCCCCAAAUAUUUUCCAUCUUUUUGGACCAAGGUGGAGUGACCCUCCCCACACAAAUGUAUUAUUAGCACCUGUUAGGCAGGAUCUUAUCCUCUCAAACUUCCGUUUCUCACACUACUGAGAAAGAUAAGGGAGAUAAGUGCCUGGAGCGGGGUGGGCUGCGCAGUUACAUAGCGGCACAGAGAACAUGCUGCCACCCGGGAGGAGAGGACUGGGGAAUGCCUUUCCUGAUCCGCCCAGCCAGAGUCAUCCUUCCCCCCACCUGGCCCCUGGGACAAAGUGCUCUGAGUGUACAGGGGACUGAUGGCCACUGCUGGACUGCUGCUUCAAGUCAGGACCACAGCUCAGACAGCUUUAUCUUUCCUCUAGCACCUGCCCAAUGGCCUUGGACACAGGUGUUCUAUCAGUGUUUACCGAACAAAGGAAGGAAACUGAUUUCCCUUUCCAGGAUCAUUCCAAUUUUUAUGUGAAAACUAAAGAACCCAUUCAGUGUACCCUCGUCUCAAAGAAAAGCAAGGGACAGCUCUUGAAUGGUAGUACCACCUUUCUUUGGGUUCCUUGAUGGUAUACCUGUAUGUUUUUCACACUUUCCUAUUCUUGGUCCCUUUCUCCAGACUCUGUAGAUGUCUCCCCCCAGCUCUGUCUUACUCCAACUCAGACAUUCCUGUCCUAGAGAUUCUAGCCCAUGGGUGAUCGAGCUGGUUACUAUCUCUCCCGUUCCCCUUAUUAUACCUUAUUACUACUGACUGGUUGGGGCAGGAGGUGCAUUGACUCUGUCCCUUGACCCUGGUAGAAUGACUGUCACCUCUAGGAACCACGAGAGCUCCUUUCCUGGAGAAUCACCAGUUUGUCCUCUAGGGACUAGACCUUAUUUUCUUUCCAUGAUGCACUAGGGCGUGUUAUUUUCUUUAAGCAAACAUUUAUGAGAAACAACCCCCUCCCCCAAAAAAGAGGCCCCAAGAAAAAACAACCCUGAAAGAUUAUGGACUAGAAUUGUUUCUGGUGGAGAUCAAUUUCUACAAAUCUCAGUCUUUCUCUGUUUCUCUUCUAAUGGAGGGGUUGCGUUUUGGUAAGGAAAAAGAUUUUAAACAACAUGGUAAUCCAACCCAGAUUUUUUAAGACCAUGGUCCUCUCCAAGGGAAAUAAUGACAAUAAUAUUAAUGGUGCCAGGAACAAUAUGGCAGAUUACUGAAUGAAAUGGAUUAACUUGAAUAAAAUGCUAUGAAUUGUCUCUCCAAUAAAAUGCUGUUUUUUGUGUC